UUGGGGAAGAGAAGAUGCCGGAAGAAGGCGAAGCACGUGAACGGUGGAUUGAGAAAAGCGCGGUGCUUUUCGACCUCAUUCUUCAAUCGGUCAACAAGGAGAUGUUCGAGCACAUCAAGGAUCUUGUGGAAGCGGAUGAUUCGGGUCCAAGGGCGUGGAAACUACUACGUGAUGUGGUUCAGCCCAACACUCUCCUGAUGGUGAUCGUGCUCGAGAAGGAACUUGCUGCCAUCUCCAUGCAACCAGGGGACGAUGUGAAGCCGGUCCUUGACAAGAUCAAGGACACCUAUGCAAGGAUGGCAGCAGCGGGCAGCAGUGUAUCUCAGCUGCAGCAGUGCACCAAGAUCAUCUCGGAACAACACUGAGGGUGCUGUUGGCGAUAGCUGCACUCCUGGGAUGGAAGAUUCGGCAGAUGGACAUUGUGACUGCCUUUCUGAAUGGGAUCAUU